CCAAUAUUUUGACCUAAAUACCCCACGUCUCUCUCCUUACCCUUCUCCUUACAAUUCCCAUCUCAUCCCUGACGACGCCUCUUCCCUCUUACCCCUGUAAUUCUCAUUCUCCAUCUCUGCCCUCGAGACUCUCUUCUCUCUUUCCGAUUUACCCCUUCGCCCCUCCCCUUCCCUUCUCUCUCUAUAUCCCAUAAACCAACUGAAUUACCCGCCAAUUUCUCUCCCCUUUAAGCUUCUUUUGCCGUGCUUAAGAUUGUGGAUUCUUUCUCUGUGAUCCACGCUUGUUUGGCUGAUCGGAGCUUCUAGGGUUCCCAAGUCAAUUUAAGUUCAGACGAUGAUCAUUUGGAGCUGUUUAUGAAGAAAUUGAUGUUUAUUAGAUUCUCUUGACCACUGACUAGGGGUUCUUUCAGCAAGUGUUUGAUAGGUGGAAACUUGAACUGAGUGAGGACUUGUUCUAGUAUUUUUGCUUACAUGGCUAACCGUGAUUUGAUGCUCGACAAAAUUCAUCUGCAACAAAACCACCAGCAGCUAGAUUUAGCUCAUAAUCACAAUCUGGUUCUUGGCCAGAACAAUGAAUUGGAACUAGGGCAGGAUCACGAUCAAGAAUUGGACUUGGGUCAGGUAGUUGAUCAUGAUAUGGAUUUAGGGCAGGGUGAUGAUGGUCAUGGCUAUGAACAUGAACAUGAAAAUGGGUCUGUGGACAGGAAGCCUGAAAGUCAAAGUCAUGAAGUGGUUCUUCAUUCACAUGGCCAUGAGUUAGCGAUAGUUGAGAACAAUGAAUUGGUUAUUUCAGACACCCAAGAACUUGACGAAAAUAUUGAUGAACUGGCUUUGGAUCACAACAAUGAAAUGGGGAUUGAACUCGUUAAUGAGAUGGAUAACGACGAAAACCACCUUGUUAUAUCGCCUAUUCUCCAACAACGCAUGCUUGCUUCAAGCUCAAGCUAUGAACUGCAAGUUGGCCAAGAAUUCCCAGACGUGAGAAGUUGUCGAAGGGCACUGAGAGACACAGCUAUCGCCCUUCACUUCGAAAUACAAACAGUAAAAUCAGACAAAACUCGAUUCACAGCUAAAUGCUCUAGUGAAGGAUGCCCGUGGCGUAUACAUGCUGCAAAGCUUCCGGGUGUACCUACCUUCACUAUAAGGACGAUCCAUGAUUCCCACACGUGUGGAGGAAUAGGUCAUCUUGGCCAUCAACAAGCCUCGGUUCAAUGGGUGGCAAACUCUGUAGAGCAACGCCUCAGAGAAAACCCUAAUUACAAACCGAAGGAGAUACUCGAAGAGAUUCAUCGUAUGCACGGAAUCACAUUGUCUUACAAGCAAGCCUGGCGAGGGAAGGAGCGAAUCAUGGCAGCCAUGAGGGGAUCGUUCGAAGAGGGAUAUCGUCUUCUUCCCCAAUAUUGUGAGCAAGUUAAACGAACCAAUCCCGGGAGCAUUGCUUCUGUUUACUCGAGUCCAACUGAUAACUCCUUUCAAAGGCUUUUUGUGUCAUUUCAAGCCUCUAUAUUCGGAUUUCUUAACGCCUGUCGUCCUUUAAUUGGUCUGGAUAGAACGUAUCUUAAGAGUAAAUACUUAGGUACGUUGCUCCUUGCUACGGGAUUCGAUGGAGACGGUGCUUUAUUCCCUUUGGCCUUUGGGGUUGUUGAUGAAGAAACCGAAGAAAAUUGGAUGUGGUUCCUGUCCGAGCUUCACAACUUGCUCGAGGUCAACACAGAGAACAUGCCAAGACUAACCAUUUUGUCGGAUAGGCAAAAGGGCAUUAUCGACGGUGUGGAGGCGAAUUUCCCAACUGCAUUCCAUGGUUUCUGCAUGCGUCACUUAACUGAGAGCUUCCGUAAGGAGUUUAACAACACAAUGCUUGUCAACCUCCUAUGGGAACUCGCCUAUUCCCUCACCAUUAGGGAAUACGACUUGAAAAUGGCCGAGAUUAAUGACGUCUCGCCCGAUGCAGCUUAUUGGAUCAAACGUAUCCCGCCCCGGCUAUGGGCUAGUGCUUAUUUCGAAGGAACGAGAUUCGGACAUCUAACAGCGAACAUAAUUGAAUCGCUCAACACCUGGCUUCUAGAAGCUUCUGGCCUCCCGAUCAUCCAAAUGACGGAGUGUAUCCGGAGACAACUCAUGACUUGGUUCAACGAGCGACGAGAAACGAGCAUGCAGUGGACAUCGAUCCUUGUCCCGACAGCGGAGAGACGCGUAGCCGAAGCCCUCGAUCGGGCGCGAACGUACCAAGUGCUGAGAGCGAACGAGGCCGAGUUCGAAGUAAUAUCUCACGAGGGAACUCACAUAGUGGAUAUACGAAACCGAUGCUGUCUAUGUCGGGGAUGGGAACUUUAUGGUUUGCCCUGUGCUCAUGCGGUUGCGGCUCUUCUUUCGUGCAGGCAAAAUGUGCAUAGGUUUACAGAGAGUUGUUUCACAGUGGCGACUUAUAGGAAGACGUAUUCGCAAACGAUCCAUCCUAUUCCGGAUAAGACACUUUGGAGGGAGCCGACCUUUGGAGGAGAAAUGAAUGCUAAUAAUGCAAUUGAGGUUUUCGUUAACCCGCCGAAAUCACUUAGGCCUCCUGGGAGGCCGAGGAAGAAGAGGGUGCGGGCGGAGGACCGGGGAAGAGUGAAGCGAGUGGUGCAUUGUAGUCGUUGCAACCAAACUGGGCAUUUUAGGACUACUUGUGCAGCACCCAUUUAGCUUUGUGAGGAGUAGGUGAGAUCAUGGUUUAAACCUCUUUUCUUUGAUUGAAUGUUACUAAAUUUGGUUGUAUGCUAGUUGAUAUACAUGAGAGAACAGAGUUAGGAUUUUUAUUAUUAUUAUUAUAGUAGCAAUAAUUACUAUUUGAUGCUAUACUUUUGUAUUAGUGGUUUCUAUUGAUUGGAUUAUAUUUCAGGUUUUGAUACAAUUUGUUAUGUUAGAAGUUAUGAUUUGUACAAGUUGUUGAUC